UCUCAUCACUGCCAAGUCCUCCUCUUCCUGGUGGGUCAGUUCUCUCUCUGCCAAUUGAGGACAGAAGGCACACGGAAGCAGGGCAGCAUCUCCUUUUCUCCCAGCCUGUGAUUCUCCUGAUCUCUGUUAAGCAUCCAUCUGGUUGACGCUGAUUUCUAAAAGCAGGAAUCUCUGGAGUUGGACUGAGGGGAAUGAACCGUGAGGGAGCUCCCGGGAAGAGUCCGGAGGAGAUGUACAUUCAGCAGAAAGUUCGGGUCUUGCUCAUGCUGAGGAAGAUGGGAUCAAAUCUGACGGCCAGUGAGGAAGAGUUCCUGCGGACAUAUGCAGGGGUAGUGAGCAGCCAGCUGAGUCAGCUCCCAUCACACUCCAUUGACCAGGGUGCAGAGGACGUGGUCAUGGCAUUUUCCAGGUCGGAGACAGAGGACAGGAGGCAGUAGCCACAAAGCAUCCUGGAAUCCCCUGGAAGCUAACAAGGGCCAUGAGAGCUCUGCCAGUGAGAGAAGCUGGCUGAUUGCACCAGGUCCCCUGUCCUUCCCCCUCCUUCCCACUCUUUAAGCCCCCAACCCCCUCUUACCCUGCCCUGGAAAGCACCUCCCAGCCCCACUACUCAGCUGGCUGUGUUACCAUGGAAGAGACCAGUGGUGCACAUGGGAUUGGCUCAAAGGGAUGGACUCUGCAAUUGGCUACAGGGAGAAAUCUUUUUAUUUUUUAAAUCCUGACCAAUGGAAACCUUUUCUUUUUAUUUCUGCCUCUUUCACCACCUCAUCCUUUCUCUUGCUAUCUGGGCACAGAACUUCCCAGGAAGCUCUUCUAUGCCUUGGUGCUUUAUUUAGGUCAUUUUUAGGAAUGUGAAAAGGUUUUGAUUGGCUGCCUAAAACUGGAAACAACUCUUGAUUGGCUGGUGAAAGGAAAAUACUUCUCUCUUUGAUUGGUUUCAGGUAUUCUGCUGAGCUCAACAACUUGAUUCUGAGUACAGAGAACAGGGUUUGGGGCAUUGGCUGUUACAUUUGACUUGAAAAAAACAAAACAAAACAAAACAAAACAAAACCAAGUGUGCUUUGCGAUAUUUAUUACACAAAGAGCUUGCUGCUGCUUUUAAAUUUUAUUUUUGAAUUCGAUUGGCAUAAUUAUGAUCCAUGUGUUUGAUUUUCUGUUGGCUCCUCCAUGGCUCCAGUUGCCAUAGAUUCCCCCCCCUCGACAACAACAAAACCAAACCACCUUUGCUGCUUGAAUCUCUGGUCCCGGGGGAAAGCCAACUCAAGAGUGUAUUACAUUAAUAACUGCACCUGCCCUCACUGGAGCCGGAAAUCUAAAAGGAGCCCUGGGCUGGGCCACAGCUGGAAAGUAGGGCCCAGAAUGGACUUUAUUUCAGCUCCACAAGAGUCAGUGUUAACAGUUAUUAAGAGCUGAGAUUAUAUGUGUGCAUGUAUAUGUGUAUGUGAGAGAGAGAGAGAGAGCUCGCAUGAGUACCACUCAUUGUAGUUGUCCAACAGUCAGACACUCACGGUGAGGAUGAUGUUUCUGGGAAAAGUCCAGGCUUCUCUCCACCUUAAAUCCUUGUUUGCAUCCUGGAAGCUUCUUGCUUGGUGGGGAUGGGCCUCACUUCACCAGUCGUGGGGAUGCCUUUUGUCUGUCCCACUGAUUUUCCUCUCCUCCCAUGUGCUUCCACCACCCCGAUGCCACACUAACAGUCUUGCAGUAACUAGAGUGUCUGGAAAGCCUAAGGGGCGAGUUCUUCCAGCCUACACUACCCCUUUUAGGAACCCACAUACUGAAAAGAAAAGCAUCUACUCUAAUGGUUGCCAGGGUUUCUGCUUGCGGGGAGGGUCUUCCUAUCAGACCCCUACCAGGACCUUCUACCAGCUUGGCAGACAGGGCCAGUGUCAGCUCACAUUUAUUAAUUACCCAGCUGUAUGUGGCCCUGGGCCAGGCCCUCUGGAGCCAGAGGUCAGUGUGGAGGAACCAGUUUCCCCAAGUGCCAAAGCCCUGCAAGGCAGUGUUAGAGCAGAAGCUCCCCAUGGUCACCCACCCAUCUUUUCCCUUGAAGGACCAGUCACUGCACCCCCUCUCUCCUGCCUGACUGCCUGUGGUAUGCAUAGGACUGUACUUUCAAGCAGGUAAACAGGAAAAGAUACCAAGUCCAUUGGAAGCUUAUCUUGGGGAAGAGGAAGCCUCAGCCCCAUCCCCAAACAAAUCCCAACAUUUUAAUAAAGGGUUCUAACCCUAGUCCCUUCCCUGGGGGUGUGGAAGAGACUUUCUCAGCUAAACAGCCCUAUCUGCCCAAGGGCUGGGGGCCAACCAAUAGCCACUGAAGCAUGAGUGCAUUAGUAGAGUGCCAGCGAUUUAAUGACCUCAAGCAUAUGCAGGGCGGGAGCCCUAGAGCACUCUGCUGUCUGUGACCAAUUAGUAGUGCUAAUGAGGCCACCAGGAUCUCUAGUCAAAUCCCUUUAAGGUCAGUUAGUUUGGUACAAUAUAAGCCUUUCACAGCCACACACCAACUAGCCCCCUUACCAGGCCUAGCGUCUUCCCAAAUGCUCUUGGUCACAAAUAUGAUGGGGAAAGGAAGAGAGCGUGUUAUUUCAAAUUUGUCUUCCUCCCCUGAAAAACAGCUCUAGGCAGACACCACAACAGUGGGAGAGUAGCAAAGAACAACAUACCCAAAAGUCUCAGUGUAAUCAGCUGGAAUCCCAAUCAUAGGACCCAAGAAGAGCCCCUGACGCACCAGGGUCCCCUUCUUGGAGUCUGGUUUCAGUCACGUAAUUGCCUAGUGUACUCUUUCCCAAACUGCAGCUCUGCUCUCGUCAAGGGUCAGACUCCAGAUUGUAGAGGGUAUAUGUUUCUCUUCUGGCCCUGGGCCUAGCCCUCGUCAAGCUAACAUAUACAUCUCUCUUGUGUCCCCAAUGACAACUCUGACCUAUCUCAUCUUCUGAAGAAGAAAAGUGAAAGUGUUUCUGUGGUUUAAUCUUUUGACUAAAAAUGUAACUUGGGGAAAAAAAUAACAAUAAAAGUUUUUAAUAGCUUG